AGAGAAAGAGAGCGUCUAACAAGAUCACCGAGUUGCGUGUUUCUUCGUACUCGGAAGAUCCAUCGGUGGUCUGCACGUCCUUCUUUAACGGGAUGUCUAUUCCAGAGUCCACCGACUUCCAGCUCUACAAGCACAAGUCCGCAGCCGAGUUUGCGCUCCACGGCGAAAACGAAACCUUAGAGUACAACGGUGAGACCGCUUCAGAUGACACCAACAACUACGUGGUUGCGAUGUACGAUCCGGUCAACAAGUCCGUGGAGUUGUACCAGACGCCGAUGCUUUUGGCAAAGGUGACGGCGAAAGCCAAGCGCUUCUCGACCAAGCCAGCCAUCCAGCAGAAGAACGUGCGGAUGAUGGUCCAGCGUAACGCGUUGGGCGAGGCGUUCGGUACCAAGAAGGCUAAGAAGGCGAUCACCGAUCAAGAGAGAAACAGAGUCGAUGCCGAGAAGUUGUCCAACGUGGAGUUGGACAUCGUGGACGCUGUCAAAUCCAGCACACUGGAGUUGCCGUCCAGAAAGGAGUUGGCCCAGAACGUCAGCAACGAAAGACCGGUGCCACCGUGCAAUGCGGACGCCACGAACGUGGAGGACGUCUACGCCGUCGAGAGCAUCAUUCCAGCGCACGAGUGGGAGUUCUUGAGAGUGAGUCCGAUCUUGAAGGAGAAGGAUGCCAAGAAGCGUGCGGAGAUGUUGCCAUUUGCUACCUCUGCCUUUGUCAAUGCUCAUUUACCGGCCAUCCUGUCGUCUUCCCAGACUACCAAGUUGCAAUUAUUAUACUACACAUCGUUGUUGAUGGGCGUUUACGAGAACAGACGCACCUCCAACAAGGACAACUUGUCUGAGAAGUUGAACAACCCGCCAGAUGUGUUGGUCGACGGGAUCUUGGACAGAUUUGCCAUUGCCCGUCCAGGUGCUUUUGGCAGAUCUAAGGACCGUGGCUUUGUGAUCGACCCCCAGCACGAGGACAAGCUUUUAUGCUACAUCUUGUGUCUUGUCUUGCACAUUGACUCCUUCAUGGUGGAAAUCUCCCCGUUGGCUCAGGAAUUGUCCUUGAAGCCAUCCAAGUUGGUCAACUUGUUCAAGACCUUGGGGUGUGGGGUCAAGUCUGCUACCGUUGCCCAGGCUGACGCCUACGGUAUUCCAAAGUCUGCCGCCUCGACGUAUAAGAUUGCAUCUUUAAGGGUUCCUUUCAAGGUGCCGGAAAUGACCAGAAAGGGCAGCAAGAAGGGCCGCUAAGCUAUGUAUAUUUAUCCGCAUUUUUCAUUAUAAAAGGGUGUAGUGCGGGAGGGCGUACUCUCUGUAAUACAUAGGGUACAGCUCUUAAUCUGGGUGCUUCCUCCACAGAUCAGUAAGACUAGCAGAUAUUUGAAGCUGUCACUUGAUUGGGCUUGGAAAGGGCACAUUCAACAGACACUUCAGAGGCCCGAAGGUCUAACGGAGAAAAUAUACCACGGUAUGUUGGCUUUGAUGGUCCAUAUAAGCAUCCGUUCUGGCCAAGUUUUUGGAUGGGUUACUCUGACGGUGCUAGUUGUGUUAUAUACAAAGUAGAGACAUGUAGUGGAGAUAUCUAGACAAGUACAUGUUCAUAACUGUUAAUAUUUCUAUUUGCAAUGCUAAUUUUCCUCUCCAAAUAAAAUAUUGAG